GUUAGAAUCACAUGAUUUAUUCAUUCUUUUUCUUUUACCAAAUUUUAUUAGCAAUUUUAAUUUUUUAGUAUGCUUAAGACACUCUUAGUGAAAAGACUCAAAACCAUAAUUAUGUCAGGCGCAGGUAAAGUUUUCAAAAUACGUAGGACCCGUUCAAGUCGGGCUGGAAUUAAUUUUCCUGUAUCACGUGUUUUACGUUAUUUGCGUAAAGGCCAAUAUGCUGACCAUAUUCAAGUUGGUGCUUCUGUUUAUGCAUCUACAAUUCUCGAAUACCUUGUUGCAGAAAUUCUUGAACUAUCUGCAGCUCGUGCGAAAGAAGGUAGAUGCAAAAGAAUUAAGCCUCGUCAUAUACUCUUAGCUGUGAGAAAUGAUAACGAACUUGAUGAGCUACUUCAACAUGUAACAAUUGCUGAAGGUGGCGUUAUUCCACAUAUUUCUGAGCGGCUUUUACCAAAGAAAAGUCGUUUAAACAAGAAGAAGUGAGAAGAUAACAACAUUCAGCUAAAAUUGAAAUAAAAUGUUCUUUUGAGAACAAUUAUAGAAAAAUUCUUGCUGUACGAAACAAGGAUAAAAUUGCGAAAAGCAAAAAAAACGUUCUUUU